AUGACGCGCGCCCAGCAGACCAUCUCCCUCGCUCUCCUCGUUGGCUCCCUCUACCUUGCGCUCUUCCUUGAGCUUGUGCCUCUUCCCUCCAUCGUCCAGGAGCAGGUUGUCCCGGUCCUUCCCUUCUGGUUCGUCGUCUCCUUCGGCGCCUACCUCCUCGCCCGCCUGGGCUUCAACGUCAUGACCUUUAACGACGUCCCCGAGGCCCACAAGGAGCUCAUGGCCGAGAUUGAUCUCGCCAAGGUGGACCUGCGCGCUCUGGGUGUGGAUGUCGACUAA